CUCGGGAGCGGGCUAACAUUGUGGCUCCCAACCAUUGCCCAACGUCACGAUGCUGUACAAAGUGGCCAACGUCAUCACUGGCUCGGGCGCUGAGGCCUCAACCCCCGACGAAGGCGCCUCCCUUACCUCUGUGCUGGAGACUCCCACGCUGCGGGUCGAACUCGCACUCCUCGUCCUGCUAUGUACCGAUGCAAUGCGCAGCGACCUGAUCGCUACCUUCGACCCGAACAAGACUCACGAAACUGCCUCUUCAACUGCACCCCCUCCCCCACCUUCGCCGAAGCCCAGGACCUCCCCCGCACAGGACCUCAUAAGCUUUGAUGAGCCUCAAGACGAGGCUCUGAUAGUCGCGGAAAGAGCUAGGCGAGUUCGGCAGAGAGAAGUAGAGUCGACUCAAAUGCAGGGGCUGCGUCGGGGCGCACUUACCUUCUUCGAUAAAUGGCGUGCCGGUGUCAUGCACCGCAUUUGCGAUGUGCUCUGCGUGCGGGGAGAGGUUGUGCGGCAGGCGAAAGCGAAGAGGAAGCAGGCAUUGGAUGAAUCGGAGAGAAUUAGCCAGGGGAACUCACUACUCGUUGACUUUGGUGGGGAUCCUUUCGGCGCUGUCGACCACCGGGGCAAGGGCAAGAGAAGUCACGGAUAUUAUGAGGUCAUUGAGACUAAGCUUUUGGGAUUCGAUGAGCCGAAGAAGGUCCUCAUUCUCCAUUGCCUGCUCUUGUUGUUGCUCAGCUUGGAGCACUACCCAGCACAUUCACGAGUUCUUCUUCUCCACUUAUCCAGUAGCCUAGAAAUCGAGGUGGACGUCUUGGCUGAGCAUGAGAAGUCUGUAGCCCAAGGCCUCCUCGCAUCGGCUGCCUCUCAGAUGGAUGCUGAGGAAUCCGCCAAGAAACAAGCAGCGAACGACUCAGCCUCGCGAAAGUGGAAGAUCGGCCUGGCCGCCGUUGGCGGUGCGGUUCUUAUCGGUGUCACCGGGGGUCUGGCUGCUCCACUCCUGGCUGCCGGCGUUGGGACUGUGAUGGGUGGCCUAGGCCUGGGAGCCACCGUCAUCUCGGGCUAUCUUGGAGCACUUGCUGGAAGCACUGUGCUCGUUGGGUCAUUGUUUGGUGCUUAUGGUGGGAAGAUGACUGGAAGGCUGAUGAAGCAGUACGCACGGGAAGUACAGGACUUUGAGUUCAUCCCUAUUCAAGAUCCGGAACGCCCGUCGGCCCAACAUUCGCAUGAGUGGUCUGAAGACCAAGAUGCUCGUGAUCCAAGCAAACGUGAACAGCACCGCUUACGGGUCUGCAUCGGCAUCAGCGGGUGGCUUAACUCUCCCUCCGAUGUCAACAAGCCUUGGGAAGUAAUUGAGGCCUCCGGCAUCGAGCCCUUCUCGCUCCGCUUCGAAAUGGAUGCCAUGCUUCGUCUCGGGAACUCUCUCAAUGAUGUGCUCUUUAGCUAUGCAUGGGAUGGGGUGACAUAUACCGUCGUUAGCCGCACCCUUCUUGGUGCUCUCUACGCCGGACUAUGGCCGCUUGGCUUGGUCAAGGUUGCGAGCGUGCUGGAUAACCCCUUUUCCGUCGCCCUCGCUCGAGCUGACAAGGCUGGAAAGGUCCUCGCUCGCGCCUUGAUAGACAAAGUUCAAGGCGAACGACCCGUCACCCUGACAGGUUACUCGAUAGGAGCACGCGUCAUCUACUCUUGUUUGGUUGAGCUUGCCGAGCAGAACGCUUUCGGAUUGGUGGAGUCUGUGGUCCUCAUGGGAGCACCCGUCCCAUCCGAUACCCGCUCUUGGAGACAGAUCCGCUCGGUUGUUGCAGCCCGUGUCGUGAACGUAUAUAGCACUGAAGACUACAUCCUCGGAUUUCUCUAUCGAGCAAGCAAACUUCAGAUAGGCGUUGCUGGACUUCAGGACGUCAAGGGUGUCUUUGGGAUUGAGAAUGUAGACAUGAGCAAACUGGUUAACAGUCACGAUAAGUACCGUUUCCUUGUCGGGAAUAUUUUAACCAAGAUUGGCCUCGGAGACAUCGAUUUUAGUAAAGUAGCAGAACAAGAAAGAGCCUUGGAACUCGUGGAGAGGAAGAAGAAACAAGUCCGUGAACAUGUCAAGAAGCACAAGCAGGAUACUCGGCAAAGGGAUCCUUCCGCUGCUGGGCCGUCGGAAUUGAUCGUCGUACAAGACAAAAAGACAAAUGAUUUUGCGGACGCCUCAAAUCCGACACCAAACCUCCCGCUUUCCGCAGACGCCCGUAGGCAAUUGCAACGGCAGAUAACCACACAGAGGACCGGCCAGCAACCUGCGCCGGCGCCGUCACCAGUGAUGGAUCCUCUUUCAGGCAGUAUCCCCAUACAGACGAGGAAUGAUACCUCUUCGAAUUCACCUCACAUCAGUCCAGCGCCUUUCCCAGUCGCCUCCCUGACUCACAGACAAAUCCCUUCGAACAUGGUUCCAACGCCCCCGGCCCCUCCGAGGAGUAACGAACUCGUGGAUUCUUCUGAUGACGAAGAAGAUCCUAAGAUCGUGAUGAGAGAUAUCGAUGAUCACAAGUUCUCGCCUCCUAUGGAUGAAAUGAUGCGUAUGUCCGUGAAGCAGCCGGAGCCGCCAGAGGGGAUUCCUACGGUUGCGUUAACCUCAGUCGAACCAGAGGAGGAGAGCGAUGAUGAAGUAAGCAGCGAGUUUGGAGAGCUGAGCAUGGUAGAACCGUUGCCGUUGGAUGAUGGGGAUAUGGGUUUGAUGUAGUAAUGGGUGGGCCCGUUGGCGAGGGAUGUGUGACUGCACUGUCAUGGGCCCUGGACUAAUACCCUUUCUCAUUUUGUCUAAAUACUGUUUUAGUCAAUUCUGAGAGUAUUUUGUUGGGUUUCGAAGAGGUUCAUCGUCUAUUUUUGUGAUGAUUCUUCAUGACCUCUGCAUUUAUCAACUCCGUUGCUAGUAUUCGUGGCUGAACACUGACACACUAUGGGACUUGUUUGUGUCAAGCAGCCGUGAAAGACCUUCACCACUUUCAUGUAGCCCGUUAAUGUCACAAC